AGAUUUUUAAAUCUCUGAUAUCGGAUAUUAUCUCUGAUAUUACUGAAAUUCUCUCUCUCUCUCUCAUUAUAAUCAAGUGCAUUUUUUGUUUAUUUUUUCAAAGCUCGUGGUUAUCUUUUAAAAUCAAUGCUAGAGAAAUAAAACCCAAGAGACGUUUAUAUGUGAAUAGUGCAUUAUUUAAAAAAGAUCAAAAUCUUUCAUAGACCUAAAAAUAUUAACAGCAAAGAAAUCAGCCAUCAAUCAGAAGGAAAACAAAAUAUGUAAGGCAAAUCCGAAAAGAAUGUACGUAUUGUUUGCAAAAGAAUACAUUGUUUACAACUCGCUUCCGUGGGAUUUUCGCGAAUAAAGUUUCAAUGCCUCAAUAUACUGUGUGGGGGAUGGCCUCGCGUUAAACUAUAAAACUGCUUUGACCCACAAAAAAAAUAACACACCCAAUAACGGAAUAAACAGCAAAACAUGGCUUGCUUACGAUUGUUACCGUUCUUUUUUGGCAUCGUUUUCUUAGGAUCGAGCCCAUCUGCGGCCGAAGAUACGGCAGGGAAUGGAGCGGUCAGUGGCUUAGUUCGAGUGCCGAGGAGUCACGCCAACAAACUAUGCCGGAAAUAUGGCAUCUGCAACGGUGGCGGCUUUCAGGGAGGUUAUCAGGGAUACCAAGGAAACUACGGCUACCAGGGGUACCAGCAACCGUACCCUCCGAUAAAUAUCGCGAUCAGUCAGUCCCAGUCUUCCGCAAACGAGGCAGGUGGUGGUUACAGCAAUGGGUAUUACCCAAACAAUUAUCAGUUCAAUGGAGGCUAUCCCAAUCAGAGGUAUCCCAAUUACCAAAGACCACCUGGCAAUUUUAAUAAUGGCCAGGGUUCCUACAAUAACCAAUUUAACGGUAAUUAUUAUGGGCCUUCUUUGGGUCAGCAAGGAGGAGGAGGGUAUGGCUUCCAUGGGGCGUUCUUUGAUGAAGCUUCAGAAGAUAAUGAACAGAAAGUGAACCAGGUAGAUGGAAGCGGAUCAGGCGCUGGCGCCGGUGGUUACAAUGAUUACAAUCAAGGACGUUCUAAUGAAGGAAGUCCGCAAGGGAACUUUGCAGUUGCUGGAUCUUUUGCAGCCGCUGGUAGACAAAAUUAAUUUUCCACCAUUACUAAUGACUAAUUUGUCUUAAGUAGUUGAAGGCACGUUAAGAAUUUAGUAAGUGCUUCCCUUUGAUUGAUUGUUUAAAAGUCAGUAAAUAGGAUAAAUAAUUUUAAACUACUGGGAAACAUAAAAAUCUGUUUAUUAUUGCGAAAGCAGUGAACGGUACAUCAAAAGACAUAAAGUAAUAAGUUAUUAUACAUUAAACCUCAAAAAAUCUAAGCCUCGAGAAAUCCAACAAUGCAUAUUAAGUAAUUCAAUUUAUCUUUGUUUGAGAUAUGCAUUUAAUAGAGCAAAUUCUAGAUUUUAUUUGUGUAAUAUGCAAAAAAA